AGUCACCGAACCGAAACACCGCGCCCGUUUCCUCUGGACUGCCCGGUCUCCCUCACUCGACUCUAUAUGCAGUGACCAGUAAGCUCAUGAAUCUGCAGCGCUUCCCGAAGCUCCCAUGGCCGCCGCAGCUUCUCUCCCUCUUCCCUUCCUCCUCUCAACCAAAUUCCGAAAUUACCCUUCCUUCCCUCUAAGUCAAAUAAGUCUAGCAAGAACUCCAGCACUCCUCCUGCCCACCACCGCCACCGCAACCGCCACCGCCACCGCCGCCGCCACCGCCACCAACAGAAGAAGGGCCCAGCUCCUCACCUGCUGCCUCGCCGUCGACCGCGAGAGCACCGACCUCCCCAGCUCCACCCCGAUCCCGACACCCGGCGCCGAGCUCCGCGUUGUAUUCUCCGGCGGAGGCUCCGGUGGCCACAUCUACCCGGCGAUCGCCAUCGCCGACGAGCUCAAGAACGCGUGCCCCGAUGCCAAGAUCCUCUUCAUCGGCAGCGCCACCGGCAUGGAGGGCGUCGCUGUCCCCACCGCGGGCUACGACUAUGCCACCGUCCCCCGGUCCCGCCUCGUCCGUCCCUUCUUCCACCCCAUGAACCUCCUGCUCCCCUUCCACCUGCUCUGCUCCGUCGCCGCCAGCUGGAAGAUCCUCCGCGAGUUCCGCCCCCAGAUCGUGGUCGGCACCGGCGGGUACGUCGCCGCCCCCGUGUGUUUCGCCGCUGUCCUCUCGGGAAUCAAGAUCGCGAUCCAGGAGCAGAACAGCUUCCCCGGGCUCACCAACAGGGUCUUGGCGCCGUACGCCGAGAAGAUCUUCCUUGCGUUCAAUGGCUGCGUGAAGCAUUUCCCCAAGAAGAAGUGCCUGGUGUAUGGGAAUCCCGUCAGGCUUUCUCUGAGGAGGUACACUUCCAAGGCGGUAGCCCGGUCUCAUUUCUUCCCCAAGGCUGGGUCGGAUAAGGCUCAGGUGGUGCUUGUGCUAGGGGGCUCGGCGGGUGCCGGUGCCAUCAACGUUACUGUUCUGAACAUGUACUAUGAGAUGCUUCUGGAGCACAAGAACAGAUACAUUAUAUGGCAGACAGGGGCUGAGGGAUACCGUGAGAUGGAGAGCCUUGUCAAGAACAACCGGCGGUUGCUGCUCACCCCGUUCUUGCAUGCGAUGGAUAUGGCUUAUGCAGCUGCUGAUGUUGUUGUUUCUCGAGCUGGAGCAAUGACUUGCACAGAGAUAUUGGCUUCUGGAAAGCCAUCAAUUCUGAUACCGUCACCUUUUGCUGCGGAUGAUCAUCAAACAAAAAAUGCAUAUAUUAUGGCGGACAUAGCUGGAUCAAAGGUUCUAACAGAAGAUGAACUUGAUGCAAGUAGUCUUCAAACUGCAAUUGAUGAAAUUUUAGGGAAUGAGCAUCUGAUGGCAGAGAUGUCGGAGAAAGCACUUAAAUUUGCACGGCCCAGCGCUGCUGCCGACAUUGCCAAAUGCAUCCUUUCUCUAGUUGUCCUCUCCAAUGUGAAACCUGUAACAUAGAAUGGUUUACUUUCAUUUUUGGAGAUCAUCGCUUCCAGUUUCUUUUUUUUUUCGAAAAAAAAAGAGAUCGUUACUUCCGAUCUGCUGUUUUAUUUUAAUCUAUUUUAUGGUGAAGUUUAUAUGAUGUAUCUAUAGGUCAUAGUGUAACAAGUGUUACUCAUUUAGCUCAGAUUAUAAUAGCACUCAGGUUUUCUUUUUUGAAACAAUAUUUGUUCAAGAAUUUCAAAAUGCAUCAGUUUCCAA